AGAUCAUCCAUACAGCCUUUCAACCACGCAACCACAUUGUACGAGGUUUGGCAUUCGAAUCGUCGUGUCCAAAGUUUGGGUUCGGAGUGUCCGCUUUCCACAUCGAUUGGCGGACGAUAUGACCCGGACGACAGCCGACUAAACCCAUCACUAGAUAUCUCAUCUGAACCACUAGGAACGACUUUACGAACAUGCAACGACAAACACACGAUCCGGAAGGGAAUCCAGAAGUUUUGGACGGAAUGGAGACGUUCAACCCGCAUCGACCUUCAUCGAGCGGUUCGACGCCUGACGAGCAAUCACGAGAUACGGACAGGACCAUGGUGGAGAAGAAGAACCGGGCUGCGGUCGGAUCAGCGUUUGCGGAAGGAGGGCGGGACAAGGUGUUUAGUCCCCCUCACUCUGCUUACCCUUUGAGCGCCAACCCGUCCUCAAUGAUGCACUACGGCUCGGACCCGACGGGUACGCUAGGCGUGCACCAUCCCAAAGAGAUUGUCAGGAUCGAGCGGGACUGGAGUACACCGGCCGGUGGACAGGUCUGUCAGUUUUAUACGAGCUGGGUCAUGGAGCUCGAAGGCAGGGUGACCCCCGCUCAGUUCCAAGCUCUGAUCAACACCAUCAACCAUCACCUUCAACUGGCCAACAGUACUGGAUCGACCGUAUGGGAGAACUUACUCGCAGUGCUGACCUGGCAUACGAGCUUGAUCUGGUAUACGCCACGCUUCGAGAGGGAGAUGAGGAAUAUCGAAAAGAUCAUCGAGCAGGCGAAUACCGAGUUGUGGAAUGCGAAGGGAUUGAAUGUGCUUAGUCCGAGAGACGUCGCCUUACAAUAUCUGGAGAUCGAAUAUUAUUGAAGAGGCGAGAUGCCCCGAUUUGGCCGCAGAUAUAUGUCAAGACGAGUGCCAAUCAUUGCUUGUGGUUGUAUGCCAAUCAUUGCUUGUGGUUGUAU